CGCCCUGGGUCCCGCGCGCCCAGCAGGGGUGCUGGGGCCAGGUCGGGCUGCCCGCGUUGGGAGGCUGCUUCCUAACCCCCCUCCCGGAUUUGCGAUAUUUGCCAGAGCAACGAGAAAGCGCCGUCGUGAUGCGGGUGGGAGGGGUGGAGCCUCCAAGUCCUGUCUCAAUUUAGAUCUCUUCACUCGGCUUUUCGUCGCGCCCAUUUCAGAUUACUAAACUCCAGAGUCAGGGGAAAAAAAUAUUCAGGGAGGAGGUGGCAAGCCACGCCCUACGGUGCCCGCGAAUUUCCCCGGCAGGGCAGCGGACGGCCGCCCAGGCAGACGCGCCGAGAUGCAGGGCCCCCAGCGCCUGACCGCCGCCCACCUUCUCUGCGUGUGCGCCGCCGCGGUGGCCGCGGCCCCCGGGUCUCAGUUUCUGGUGACAGCCCCAGGGAUCAUCAGGCCCGGAGGAAAUGUGACCAUUGGGGUGGAUCUUCUGGAACACAGCCCCUCGCAGGUCACUGUGAAGGCGGAGCUGUUCAAGGUGGUAGCCAACCUCACUGUGUCUGUCCUGGAAGCAGAAGGAGUCUUUGAAAAGGGCUCUUUCAAGACACUUAUUCUUCCAUCACUACCUAUGAACAGUGCAGAUGGGAUUUAUAAGCUACAUGUAACUGGACGUGCCCAGGAUAAGAUUUUAUUCUCUAAUAGUACGCACUUAUCAUUUGAGACCAAGAGAAUGUCUGUCUUCAUUCAAACGGACAAGGCCCUGUACAAGCCAAAGCAAGAAGUGAAAUUUCGAGUUCUUACGUUCUUCUCCGACUUCAAGCCUUACAAAACUUCUUUAAACAUUCUCAUUAAGGACCCCAAGUCAAAUUUGAUCCAACAGUGGUUGUCACAACAAAGUGAUCUUGGAGUCGUUUCCAAAACUUUUCAGUUGUCUUCCCAUCCAAUACUUGGUGACUGGUCCAUUCAAGUUCAAGUGAAUGACCAGACAUAUUAUCAGUCAUUUCAGGUUUCAGAAUAUGUAUUACCAAAAUUUGAAGUGGCUUUGCAGACACCAUUAUAUUGUUCUAUGAAUUCUAAGAAUUUAAAUGGUACCGUCACGGCAAAGUAUACAUAUGGGAAGCCAGUGAAAGGGGAUGUAACACUUACAUUUUUACCUUUAUCCUUUUGGGGAGUGAAGAAAAAUAUUACAAAAAAAUUUAAGAUAAAUGGAUCUGCAAACUUCUCUUUUAAUGAUGAAGAGAUGAAAAAUGUAAUGGAUUUUUCAAAUGGCCUUUCUGAACACAUGGAUAUGUCUACCCCUGGGCCGGUGGAAAUUUUAGCCACGGUGACAGAAUCGCUUACAGGUAUCUCAAGAAAUGCAAGUUCCAAUGUGUUUUUCAAGGAGCAUGAUUACAUCAUUGAAUUUUUUGAUUAUGCUACUGUCUUGAAGCCAUCUCUCAACUUCACAGCUACUGUGAAGGUAACCCGUUCUGACGGCAAUCCACUGACUCUUGAAGAAAGAAGAAAUAAUGUUGUCGUGACAGUGACACAGAGAAACUAUACCGACCACUGGAGCAGAUGGGACCGUAGAAAUCAGCAAAUGGGACCUGUCCAGGUCGUAAAUUAUACUGUCCCCCAAAAUGGAGUCUUUAAGGUUGAGUUUCCAAUCCUGCAGGAUUCCAGUGAGCUGCAGUUGAAGGCCGAUUUUCUUGACAGCACAGGUAGCAUGGCAGUGCAUGGUAUGUUUACUUCUGCCAGUAAGACAUACAUCCAGCUAAAAACAAGGGAUGAAAAUAUACAGGUGGGAUCACCUUUUGAGCUGGUGGUUAGCGGCAACAAACAGUGGAAGGAGUUAAGCUAUAUGGUAGUAUCCAGGGGACAGUUGGUGGCUGUAGGCAAACAAAAUUCAACAACUUUCUCUUUAACACCAGAAAAUUCUUGGGCUCCAAAAGCCUGUAUAAUUGUGUAUUAUGUUGAAGAUAAUGGGGAAAUUAUAAAUGAUGUUCUAAAAAUUCCUGUCCAGCUUGUUUUUGAAAAUAAGAUAAAGUUAUUUUGGAGUAAAACUAAAGCUGAACCAUCUGAGAAAGUCUCUCUUAGGAUCUCUGUGACACAGCCUGACUCCGUAGUUGGGAUCGUAGCUGUUGACAAAAGUGUGAAUCUGAUGAAUGCCUCAAAUGAUAUCACAAUGGAAAAUGUGGUCCAUGAGUUGGAGUUUUAUAACACAGGCUAUUAUUUAGGCAUGUUUGUGAAUUCUUUUGCAGUCUUUCAGGAAUGUGGACUGUGGUGUUUGACAGAUGCGAAGCCUACAGAGAGUGAGUGCUUUGAUUGGCGUUAUGACAGUCUAGAAUAUUCUGAGAGGUUUGUGGAGAAAAAUGAAGGAUACACGGUAGACAUUCAUGACCUUUCUUCAGUUAGCAAUCCACGUGUCAGAAAGCAUUUUCCAGAGACUUGGAUUUGGCUGGACACCAAGAUGGGAUCCAGGAUUUUCCGGCAGGAUUUGAAAGUCACUGUGUACCUGAUUCUAUCAUCUUGGGGUAGCGUGCUGCAAGCCUUCCAACCAUUUUUCAUUUUUCUGAAUCUUCCCUAUUCUGUUACAAGAGGUGAAGAAUUUGCUUUGGAAAUAACCAUAUUCAAUUAUUUGAAAGAUGCCACUGAGGUUAAGGUGAUCAUUGAGAAAAGUGACCAAUUUGAUAUUCUAAUGACUUCGAAUGAAAUAAAUGCCACAGGACACCAGCAGACCAUUCUGGUUCCCCGUGAGGAUGGGGCAACUGUUGUUUUCCCCGUGAGGCCAACACAUCUGGGAGAAAUCCCUAUCACGGUUGCAGCGGUUUCACCCACUGCUUCUGAUGCCGUCACCCAGAGGAUUUUAGUAAAGGCUGAAGGAAUAGAAAAAUCAUAUUCACAAUCCAUCUUAUUAGAUUUAACUGACAAGCAACAAAGUACCCUGAAAACUUUGAGUUUCUCAUUUCCUCCUGAUACAGUGACUGGCAGUGAAAGAGUUCAGAUCGCCGCAUUUGGAGAUGUCCUCGGUCCUUCCAUCAACGGCUUAGCCUCAUUGAUUCGGAUGCCUUAUGGCUGUGGUGAACAGAACAUGAUAAAUUUCGCUCCAAAUAUUUACGUUUUGGAUUAUCUGACUAAAAAGAGACAACUGACAGAUAACUUAAAAGAAAAAGCCCUUUCAUUUAUGAGGCAAGGUUACCAGAGAGAACUUCCUUAUCAGAGGAAAGGCUCUUUCAGUGCCUUUGGGAAUGAUGACCCAGCUGGUGGGGGGUGGUUGUCAGCUUUUGUUUUAAGAUGUUUCCUUGAAGCUGAUCCUUACAUAGAUAUUGAUCAGAAUGUGUUACACAGAACAUAUAUAUGGCUCAAAGGACGUCAGAAAUCCAAUGGUGAAUUUUGGGAGCCGGGAAGAGUGAUUCAUAGUGAGCUUCAAGGUGGCAAUACAAGUCCAGUAACACUUACAGCCUAUAUUGUGACUUCUCUCCUGGGAUAUAGAAAAUAUCAGCCUAAUGUUGAUGUGCAAGAUUCUAUCAACUUUUUGGAAUCUGAAUUCAAUAGAGGACUUUCUGACAAUUAUACUCUAGCUCUAAUAACUUAUGCGUUGUCAUCGGUGAGGAGUCCUAAAGCAAAGGAGGCUUUGGAUAUGCUGAUGCAGAGAGCAGAACAAGAAGAAGACAUGCAAUUCUGGGUGUCAUCGGCGUCCGAACUUUCUGACUCCUGGCAGCCACGCUCCCUGGAUAUUGAAGUUGCAGCCUAUGCAUUGCUCUCACACUUCCUGCAAUUUCAAGUUUCUGAGGGAAUCCCAAUUAUGAGGUGGCUAAGCAGGCAAAGAAAUAGCUUGGGAGGUUUUGCAUCUACCCAGGACACCAUUGUGGCCUUAAAGGCCCUGUCUGAAUUUGCAGCCCUAAUGAAUACAGGAAGGACAAAUAUCCAAGUGACUGUGACGGGGCCUAGCUCACCAAAUCCUGUAAAAUUUCUGAUUGACAUACACAACCGCUUUCUCCUUCAGACAGCAGAGCUUGCUGUGGUACAGCCAACUGCAGUUAAUAUUUCCGCAGAUGGUUUUGGAUUUGCUAUUUGUCAGCUCAAUGUUAUUUAUAACGUGAAAGAUUCUGGGUCUUCUAGAAGACGAAGAUCUAUCCCAAAUCAAGAAGCCUUUGAUUUAGAUGUUACUGUAAAAGAUAAUAAAGAUGAUAUCAAUCAUGUGAAUUUGAGUGUGUGCACAAGGUUUUUGAGCCCCGCUAGGAGUGGCAUGGCUCUUAUGGAAGUUAACCUACUCAGUGGCUUUACUGUGCCUUCAGACGCGAUUCCUCUAAGUGAAACAGUGAAGAAGGUGGAACACGAUCAUGGAAAACUCAAUCUCUAUUUAGAUUCUGUAAAUGGAACCCAGUUUUGUGUUGAUAUUCCUGCUGUGAGAAACUUUAAAGUUUCAAAUACCCAAGAUGCUUCGGUGUCCAUAGUGGAUUACUAUGAGCCAAGGAGACGGGCGGUGAGAAGUUACAACUCUAAAGCGAAGCUGUCAUCGUGUGACCUUUGCAGAGACGUCCAGGGCUGCAGUCCUUGUGAGGAUGGAACUUCGGGCUCCCUUCAUCGCUCUUCAGUCAUUCUUGUCAUCUGUUUCACGCUUCUGUGCUCUUUGCGACAUUGGCUGGAAUUUAUUCUUUAAGGAACCCACAGAACACUAACAUUUCCAGAAGUCACAUGUGAUUGUUUUGUUUUCACAAUCAAAUAUUGCUUCCAACUGUUUUGAAAACCAGUUUUUUCUCUAGGGGGUUGAGAGGGGUGGUGUCCAUCAGGUCCUAGUCUGUACAGCUGCGUAGAUUUCUUCACCUGAUCUUUGUGUGGAAGAAGAUCAGAGUGAUUACAGUUGUAUGUCUAUAUUUCCCCCUCUCCAAAUCUUUUAGGAUUUUUUUUUUGAGGUGUUUGUUUUCUCUAGAAUAAAAGUAUUAUUUUAGAA